AUGCCUAGCAUGUCACAUCAGAAUCUUCAAAAGCGCUUGUUGCGUUAUAUUAGUCGUCGUAAACCUUGCAAAUACUUGUUGUUCAUUCAAUUUGGAAUAUUGGCUUUGCUCAUUGGAUUCUUCAUACCAGUCAUGCUAUUACUAGACAAUUCGAGGAAACAGUUAGCAGUAAUGAAAGCAGAACAUCGAAUCUAUCAGACUUAUGUUGGUUCAAUAACACUCACACACUGUCAUUACUUGUAUCCGCAGAAGUCUGAGGAAUUAUGUGAUAAACAAUGUGGAAGCUCAGCUUAUAUUGUUCCAUGUCAUGAAAAACCAGCUCGAUGUAAUCAGAAACUUCAGCUACGUCAAUGUCCUGGAGUGAAUGGAAUUUAUUUACUAAAAAAUCUUUCAAUAACGCCAUUAACUAUUUUCAAAGUGCCACUGCUCAACAUUUCCACAAUGAAAGGAGAAAUUGUAUCCGCGCUGGAAUUGUUUGCGGUGUGUCCUCGUUGCAGAAUAUAUUCUCAUUCAUAUAAGAAAUCAGACAACACAUGCUACAGACAAUUAGAAACAGUCAGAGAAGGUUGGCCGGAACAGUACCGCGUUUGUGAUAGCGAGGUGUUAAGUGAAAACAAGAUUUGUAAUCCUUACGAUGCUUUAUAA